UUGAAAGCACUUGCAUGCCUUUUCUUUUCUAAUUUGAGGUUUUCAAAAAAACAUAAAAAAAAUAAAAAAAUAAAAAAAUAAAAAAUAAAAAAAAUCAAAAUUAUCUCCGGUUCUCCACUGCUCGGUUCCACCGUGAAACUGUAACUGGAAACCAUCUCCAUUCUCAGCCAGUGGUGUCUCACAAACCAAAUCACACACGGCGUUUGGAUCUAAACAUCGCCCUGCAUCCCGAUUCCAGUUCCUCAGUGUUGCUGGCAUCGGUGUGCCGUUCCUGUAAUCGUAGAAAACUAUACACUUGAAAAUUUUAUGUGAUGCGAGAAACCCUGGCGACAACAUCAUCUUCAUCAUCGUCAUCAUCGACGGAGACAAAUGUUAUCCCUCCAGCUGAAGCAGCUUGGGUUACUACAUAUGAAAGAUUAUCACCGCGCUGGAAAUCAUUCGUCCUUCCUUCUCAGUCUGCAAUUCCAAUUGUGAUAUCAAGAGUUAACCAGGUGGAUGCAGCGAGACUUGAUGUUGAGAUGUCAGCCAUGUUGAAAGAGCAAUUGGUCAAGGUUUUCUCUGUAAUGAAGCCAGGAUUGCUAUUUCAGUACGAAGCUGAGCUUGAUGCUUUCCUUGAGUUUCUCAUUUGGAGGUUCUCCAUUUGGGUUGAUAAACCUACUCCAGGAAAUGCUCUCAUGAAUCUAAGAUAUAGAGAUGAGCAUGCCAUGACUACAAGAGGAGAAAUUAGAACAGGCUUGGAGGGACCUGGACUCACUAUUGCUCAGAAGAUAUGGUAUUGUGUUGCUACAGUUGGUGGACAAUAUAUUUGGACUCGUCUACAGUCUUUUUUUGCUUUUCGUCGAGGGGCUGAUUCUAAUCAGAGGUCAGCGGGUCAUCGAGCUUGGUUUAUAAUCCAACGUAUUGAAGGGUUUUAUAAAGCUGCAUCUUUCACCAAUUUGCUUAUAUUUCUUUACUCUGGGAGGUACAGGAAUCUUAUUGAGAGAGCUCUAGGAGCCAGACUUGUAUAUGGGAGUCCUCAUAUGAAUCGUGCUGUUAGCUUCGAAUACAUGAAUCGCCAGUUAGUUUGGAAUGAAUUCUCGGAAAUGUUGUUGCUGCUACUUCCUAUUCUCAAUUCAUCUUCAAUGAAAAAUCUUUUUCGUCCAUUUUCAAAGGACAAGUCUUCAGGUUCUGAGGGUGAUGAUACAUUAUGCCCCAUCUGUAAGGCCAGUCCAACAAUCCCAUAUGUAGCUCUUCCUUGCCACCAUAGGUAUUGUUACUACUGUCUUAGUACACGGUGUGCUGCAACUACAACAUUCCGGUGCUCUAAAUGUAGUGAACCAGUCGUUGCUAUGCAACAUGGUUCCAUUGUCAACUAAUAACAACAUGUAUAUGCUACUCCUACAACUAGAACCACAUAAUGAAAAAAAGAGAUCAAGGACAAUUGUAGAUUUGUGUAAAAAGAAGAAAGAAAUAGUGCCAUUUUAUCAAGGAAUUGAUGUUUACCUUGGAAAACCAAAUAUAUGUUGGUUACUUUUGGUGGGCA